CAUCGCUGUUCUGGUCAAGAUUUUCAGAAAAAAAUAUCCGUUGGACCUUCAUUUAUUGCUCCAACAGUCAUAGUUUUUGAAAUUUUGGACGUUGGAGGCCUCCUUUUCUAUAAAUUGGAGCCUCCACUCCUCAUUUUUACACACACAAACACAAAUUCUCUCCAUACUUCUUGCAUAUCUCACUCCACUUACAAUUUUGUUUCCUUCUUCAUCAUGGGCAAGGACAAGAGCAGGGCCGCCACCUCCGGGAAAUCAAAGUCCAAAUCCCGGGCUCCUACGUCAUCCUCCGAGGAGCGCCUCUACUAUGGCGACGGGUCAUACCUUUGGUUUGAUUCCGAGGUGGAGCGCACCCGUUUCCUCACCUUCUUCUCUAAACGGGUUGUGGCUCCCCCACGCAUCAUCCUGGAGCGUUACUCGGAGUUGCAGGGCUACGACGACCUCGACGCGCAGCUUCAUCAAGCCAGCCUUUGGCCGUUCGUCUCCCGGGCUCGCGAGGAGAUCAACCCGGCGCUGAUCCGGGCCUUCUACUCCAACCUCCGGCGUGAGGACGACGUGCUCUACUCGCUCGUCAAGAGCACGCCGAUCGAGCUCACAGUGGAGCAGCUUGGGCGCAUCGCCGGCCUCCCCUUCCAAGGCGACGAUGUGUCUCACUAUGGUGGAGAGGAUUGGGUGCUCAACAACGAGGGCCUUAUCCUCAACGAGCUUGGCAUCACCGAGCUCAAACGCCAUGCCUCGGGCCGCCCAACCAUCAACUCCGCCAACCCCGAAGGCCGCCUCGUCCUCUACAUUGUCUCCCGGAUCAUCAAACCCCGGAAGCACGGCCACACCAUCAUGCACGGCGAAGACCUCAAGCUUAUCCAUGCGAUCAUGCAUUUGGCCCCAAUCAAUUGGGCAAAGUUUGUCUUGAUCAACAUGACGAUUUCCGCGUCCACCGAGCACGACCACCUCCUCCCGUACCCGUUUUUGGUGAUGGACAUCCUUGAACGGUUCAAGGUAACAACCACCGUUGGCCCGCUCACGAAGGCCACGAAGAUUUGGACAAUCAGCAACCAAACCUUCAUCAAGCGGUCGGACAACGCCGCGGCUGCCACUGCCGAGCCACGCCGCACUGCCUCUGCCGCUGGCCCAGCCGAACCCCAGGCCCGGGCCAACCUCGCCUCCAUCGCCGACUCCCUCAACCGGCUCCACCUCAAGGUUGACGGGAUGGGGAGCUAUCUUGACCGGCUCGACGUGGCUGUUCAACGCCAAGGAUACGCGAUGAACUCAUACUUCCAAGGCAUCAACUACGUCCCCCCACCGUACCACGGCACGUUCCUUGGGCAAGCCCGGGCCAACCUCGCCUCCAUCGCCGACUCCCUCAACCGGCUCCACCUCAAGGUUGACGGGAUGGGGAGCUAUCUUGACCGGCUCGACGUGGCUGUUCAACGCCAAGGAUACGCGAUGAACUCAUACUUCCAAGGCAUCAACUACGUCCCCCCACCGUACCACGGCACGUUCCUUGGGCAAGUGUACGGUGACGAGGACGAAGCCGAUGACUCCUAUGCCCCGUCAAGCUCCCCGGAUGAAGAUGAGUUCGACGAUGCCAUUGAUGGUGAUGAAAUGGACGUCGACGACGACGAGGAGGAAUCCGAAGACGAAGACUAGGACUCCCCUAGAAUUUCUAUCUCUUUUACUUUAAAUUAUCCUGUUUUUUUAAUGCUUCCGUUGUAGUCCGCUAUUUCCCUUUAUUAAAUAAAAUCAUUUCAUUUAUCUUUUUGUUAAUGUCAAAAGGGGGAAGAAAAGGGCUAUGCAUAU